AGACUCCCAUCGGUUGCUCAAGCGUUCAGUUGAGCUCGGGAUUUCCAACGCAUCGGAACAGUAAAUCUCGUGACACGCGCCCAAGUGGAAUUCGCUUCGAUUAACCGUUGAGAGAUUUGAAAUCGCUACGUCUAACUCAAUUACAAAUCUCAGCUCAGUGUGUGCAACAUGUGUGUUCCCAUCAAGAUGAUGACGAUGAUGUUGAUGCUGCUGCUGCUGCCCCUCCGCGGCCAGUGCGAGCUCAACUUCAACAAUGAUCUUGAGAAUAAUCAGAAAUUUAAAAGUGUUCCAACUACCAUCAAAAGCUACGAGAACGAAACUGUGCUAUUGCCCUGCUAUUUGGAUACGCCCUUUCACUAUGUGCGCUGGCACAGGGACGAUGUGCCGUUGGUUGACUCACGUCACCCGGAGAUUCCGCCACCGGAACGGAUUGUGCUCUGGUCCAAUGGCAGUUUGCAGGUGUCAAACUUGAAGUCGGAGGACACGGGCAACUACUACUGCGAGAUCAUGUCGAACAGCAAUCAUGCCGUCCAGGCGCAUGCGAUCGAGGUGCAGUACGAGCCCAGCGUUGCCAUGGAGCCAAGCGGAGUGCUGGAGCUGCCCAUUGGCACCACCUUUGAGGUGGUGUGCUUGGCCAACGGUGUGCCGCAGCCGGCGAUCAGCUGGCGGCUGAAUGGCAACACCCUGGACCAGUACAGCAACACGGGCAACCGGCAGAGUCACAUCUUUGAGAUCAAGUCGAGGGCGAUGUCGGGGCUGAUCGAGUGCCUGGCCGCCAACGGAGUGGGUCAGCCGGCGGUGGCGGGCGUGCAGCUGCGGGUCUUGUUUGCUCCGGAGCUGACGCUGCCACAGCCUGUGGUCUAUACCAAGGUCGGCGAUCGGGCACAGCUGGAGUGCAUUGUGGAGGCGGCGCCUGUGGCAAAGCUGCAGUGGUUCCACUACGGCGUGCCCAUUCAAACUGGCUCCCACAUCAGCAGCCACGAGACGGAGCUGUCAUCCAGCAGCCAUGCCCUGGACAACUACGUGAGUCUGGUCAAGCACGUGCUAAUCAUCAAGAAGGUGCGCGACGCCGACAUGGGCCAGUACGAGUGCCGUGCAACCAACUCGAUUGGCUUCAAGAGCACCACGGUCGAGCUGACCGGACGACCCAUGCCCUGCGUCUUCAAAAUCAAUCCCGGCACGCAGAGCUCCACGUCGCAUGUGCUGGUCUGGCAGACGGAGAGCUUGUUGCCCAUUAUGGAAUUCAAGCUCAAGUUUCGACAGAUUCCAUCGGCAAAUGUAACAAGGCCCAUUCGCACAAACUGGACCGAACUGACGAUUCCAGCACAAAUGACCAUUGGUCCCAUUUACAUAACCUCGUACACCUUGCAUGGGCUGCAGCCGGCCAGUCUGUACGAGGUCUCAGUGCUGGCGCGGAAUAGCUUUGGCUGGAGCGACAACAGCAAGACGGUGCGAUUUGCAACGGGCGGCGAAGUUGAGCUGCCCAACUAUUCAACGGAAUCGGAGCUGCAGUACGAUGCAACCGAGGAGAGCUUUGAGAACGAGAUUACGCAGAGAUCACAGGUCUUUACAGCCAGCAUGGUGCAUAAUGCGGCCGCAGGUUCUGGCUGCAGUGAACUGCUAUAUCUAACGAUAUUUAUACAGAUUUGUCUCGCUAUGCUCUACACAUAAAUUAAGUAUAUCAAAAUAUAACUGUACAGAAUUCCAUGGUUCCAAUAAAAUAAAU